CGUCGCCGUCGCCGUCGCCAUCGCCGUCGCCGUCGCCGUCGCCGUCGUCGUCGUCGCCGUCGUCGUCGUCGUCGUCGUGCUGGCUUCUCGGCGUCGCGGUUCUGGCGCCGACGUUCGGCGCUCCGCUCGGGCGCCUUCCUUCCCGCGGCGAUACUUCUUGAAGACUCACUUGCACGACCAGGACCUCGGCUCGAGCGCGCCUUCCGUUUCAUCAUGCUGGGCAUGGACAAGAUAGCGAUGCACGAGAAGUUCAUUUUUAUAUAUUGUUUCCUCGGUGUGGACUGGUCACACCCCGAGCUGGCCUCGCGGCUGCGUCACGCCUACGACAUCCUGCCAAACAAGUACUCGAAGAACCUUCGCAGGCUCUACGUGCUCCACGCCACGCAGGGGCUCCGGGUGACGAUGUGGACGUUCUGGGCCUGGCUGACAAAGCGCACGUGGGAGAAGAUCGAGUACGUGGGGUCGCUUGCGGCCCUCUGCGAGCUCGUGCAGCCGGGGGA